CUUACUCCAACGACAAUGCGUCGUCGCGCGCGAUUCCAAGCGCCUGUGUGGGAGCCAAAUAUAAACCAGCCCCCCCCAAUAACUCCCCACUACAACUUACGUGCUACGACCAUGGGCAAACGCCGCCGAGACACCGACUCUGCCGAUACCGAGCCAACCGCUAAGCGCCCCAAGGCCAAUACCCCUCAAGAACGCGACAGCGAGUUGCUUCUCCGACUCAAGAAAGUCGACAAGUCUGUGGAUGUCGAGGAUAACGAUGCAGUUUUAGCACUGCAAGUCCGCGAAUGGGAGAAGAAGGGAACAGAGACGUAUUCGCACUACAAGAUGCCGCCCCUGCUCAAAGUCGGUGAAGAUGGCAUUGUGCGCUAUGUAUUCUCCUGCAAACGCUUUCCAUCGAAGACUGUGCAGCGCGCGCGCUACGAUGCUUCCACCAGCAACCUCGGAAACCACAUCAAAACUUGCCAGCCUGGCGUUUCCACUAUCAAAAAGUACACCAACACUGGCGACUACAACCACGGCCGUUUCCGCCUCAACCUUGCACUUUGGAUUGCCGUCCACAACCGCCCUCAUCUCGCGGUCAAGGACGCCGAACUCGUUGCUGCCUUCCGAACCCUCCAGCCGAACGUCCACGUUCCCUGCAACGAUACCGUUGCCCGCGACAUCAAGAUUGUGUUUGACUUGACAAAACCUGUCGUCAAAGGGCUCUUCGCGAAGCAUGAUGGCGCGCUUCAUGCCAUGCUCGAUGGCUGGACGUCACCCAACGUCUUGUCCAUGGUUGGACUCGUGAUCCAAUUCGUCGUCGACAACGACAUCCGAACAUUCCUCCUCGACAUGAUUCCCCUCAGCCUCUCUCACACCGGCAGUAAUCUCGCGCGGGCGCUUUCGGACACAUUCAAAGAGUAUGGCAUUGAGAAAAAAAUUCUCGGCAUUGUGGGCGACAACGCGAGCAAUAACGACACCAUGAUGGAGUCGCUAGUCGAGCUUAUGCCCAAGGGCGCAAGACUUGACCUGACCACGCGAAUACGCUGCUUUGCCCAUGUUCUCAACCUGGUCGUCAAGGCCAUCCUCUCCCUCUUUGUCCCACCCAAGGGCGCCAAACGAAUGACCGCCGAAGAGGAGGAUGAAUUCGACGCUGAAGAUGACGUCGAGGCAAUACAGGCACUUGAAGAUGUUGACGAGGCCGUCGAGGCCAGCGAUGCUGCCGCUAUCGAGGAGCUCGACCUCAAAGAGCUUGUCAGCGCGCGUGAACUCGAUCUCUUGCUGGGUGAAGAAGAGCAAAAGCUAGCGAAAGACGCCUACCGCAAGCUCAAUCGCCUGGGCCAUCGGAUCUUCAACUCGGAGCGUCUUCGUCAGCAGCUAACGGAGAUCGCUGUUUCCCUCAAGUUGGACAACGCGGAGAAAAAGCGUAUGAUCCGCGCUAUUCUUACGCGCUGGAACACUAUAUACGACGUUAUAACGCGUGGUCUGGAACUCCAGCCCGCUCUGGAUCGCCUCUGCACGACCUCCACCGGACGCUCAAGCAUCAAAAGCUUGCUCUUGUCCAACGACGAGUGGCAGCUGAUGUCUCAGCUUCGGACCUUGCUCAAGCCCUUCAAGGAUGCUACGAUUCGAUUCUCCAAGAGUAAAUUCCCCCGUAUCUUCGAGGUCAUCCCCGUCAUCGACCUCAUCAACGAACACCUUGAGGACACUGCACGACUCAAAGACAGCCCGGUUUUCCUCCAUCCCAAAGCCCCCAAACCAGCGCGAUUACCCACCACACGGCGCUCGACGUUCAACGCUGUUCGAAUGGCGGCGGUGGCGGGCCUGGGCAUUCUCGACAAAUAUUACGCCAAAACCGACGAGUCUGUGAUAUAUCGCAUCGCAAUGCUGUUGCAUCCGAGCUAUGGCAUGGCUUACUUCGACCAAAUGGGCUGGGAACAAGAGUGGAAGGAUCUCGUUGUGGAGCUCGCUCGAACGCAAUGGAUCGAGCACUACCGGGUGGAGGCUCCAACAUCGACAACGAGUAACGAGAUCUUCGUGGAGAAGACCAUCUUCGACAAACUCGACAUUACUCCCAUCAACGCAGACCCAUUCGAGCACCUCAUUGCCUCGCCGCCAAUCCCAAAGGACAGCUGUCUGAACCCGCUACUCUGUUCGGGAGAGGACGAUUAG